AGAAGAUCUCCGUUGCUAGGCGACAAACAUGCUACAAUACUGCGUGUUUGAAAAAGCUGCAUUUUUCACCUCUCGGCUCGCCUUUAAUUUAAAUAUUUCUUCAUUUUUUUGUUUGGUGUUUUAGUCUUUGUCCACAGCCGUCAUUCCCCAGGCAUGCCUCUUCCUGACACAUUCUAUUGUGCCCAACAAAUCAACAUCCCUCCCGAGCUACCGGACAUCCUCAAAAGCUUCACCAAGGCAGCUAUCCGAACACAGCCCAAAGAUCUGCUGCAGUGGUGUUCAGCAUACUUCAAUGCACUGGCCAAAGGGGAGUGUCUUCCAGUAAAGGAGAGGCUGGAGAUGAAUGUUGCCACUCAGAAGACUGACACUGGACUGACUCCAGGUCUACUGAAGAUCCUCCAUAAGCAGUUGUCUCCAAAGAAAAUUUGCAGCAAAGAGGAUGUGCAGCUGAAAUGGAAGGCUUUAUGUCUUCCCAUGGAACAACUGGAGGCUCUGUUGUCGUUGGGCAGCUUUGAUUCGCAAAUCAACUGGAUGGAGUUUUUUGCCUUGGGCUGUAGUGCUCUUGGAGGGACUAUUAUAAGCUCUAUGAAGCAUGCCUGUGAGAUCCUGACAACUGAUGAGGAGGGUGGCCCUUCGAGGAUCCCAUUCGAAACCUUCUCCUAUCUCUACACCUACUUGGCUCAUCUAGAUGGAGACGAACAAGAUGACUACACUGAGAACUUCCUCCACAGCCUGUUGCCACUAGUCAACAAGCAGAACGGCAUGGUUCAAGUUUCCAACUUCUACCCCAGGAGGAAAAUUGUGGUCAUAAAAAUGGCUAUGGAAGACUAAAAGAAGCAACAGAAGAAUGGAAGGGAGUCAUUGUGGUGAAUUAUUAAAAGAACCCAUGAGUA